UACGGACAGGAAAGGAAUGGAGGGUUAUGGGCUGAGUGCGGGUCAGUGGGACUAGGUGAGAGUAAGUGUUCGGCACGGACUAGAAGGGCCGAGAUGGCCUGUUUCUGUGCUGUAAUUGUUAUAUGGUUAUAACGAAUGCAGAAAACAAGGGAAGCUUAUUUACGGGAAAAGAGGCAGAAACCAUUGAUAUAUUUAAAGGGAAAUCAACAGCAGGCAUGAGUGGUGUAUCAAGGUGGGCGGAUUGCUUUAUUCGCAAAAGUUUUAAAAUGCGGACUUUGAAAACAGCAACUUGGUUUGGCAUAAAUUGUUUAAGAGAGAUAACGUCUCUUCCCUCACACCAUUGCAAAUCUAGCCAGCUCUCUACUUAACGUCCUUCGCGCUCUUCUCUCCACCGGUUCACCCUGACUAGGAAGUGACGUUGACGGCCAGUGUGGGCUUGCGCAGUGGCAUCCGCGCCGGCGCUUAUGCGGGACCGUGAACGAAUAAGAGCCGCUGCCGCUGUCGUCCUCUGAGCCACAAUUACCGGCAGUGCUGUCUGGGAUGACGGAGGAUCGGGCCGCUACUGCAGCAAAGAAGAGUUCCAGCUGUCCCAGUAUUGAGCAAAUGCUGGCCUCAAACCCUGGAAAGACACCUAUUAGUUUACUGCAGGAGUAUGGAACAAGGAUUGGAAAGACACCGGUGUAUGACCUGCUGAAAGCGGAGGGCCAAGCCCACCAACCUAAUUUUACUUUCCGAGUCACAGUCGGAGAUAUUAAUUGCACAGGUCAGGGGCCUAGCAAAAAGGCAGCAAAACACAAGGCAGCAGAAGCUGCCCUGAAAUUACUAAAGGGAGGAAACAUGUUGGAGCCUAUGUUGGAUGGAGUCAAAAUCUCUGGCAACGAAUCUAAAAGCUCCAGCUCUGCACAACUGGCAGAAUGUAACCCUGUGGGGGCCUUACAGGAGCUAGUGGUUCAGAAAGGAUGGAGACUCCCAGAAUAUACAGUGACUCAGGAAUCAGGCCCUGCCCAUAGGAAAGAGUUCACUAUGACCUGCAGAGUGGAGAGAUUCUUGGAGAUAGGAAGUGGGACGUCAAAAAAGCUGGCAAAACGCAAUGCUGCUGCCAAGAUGUUAGCAAGGAUCCAUGAUGUUCCAGUGGAUCAAAGAGAUGGGAAUGAAGCUGAGUUGGAAGAUGACCAGUUUUCCAUAAUGGUUGGUAAGUUAGAUUGCUCAAGGGGCAAGAACGCAGGUUGCACAUGGGACUCGCUCCGGAACUCGGCUGGAGAAAGGAUUAUGCACCUCAAGAGCCACCCACUUGGUGUCGUCAACUCCAACUUCUGCCAGAUGUUGAGGGAGCUGGCAGAAGAGCAGCGGUUCGAUGUUAGUUACUUGGACAUUGAAGAGUUGAGUUUGAGUGGUUUAUACCAAUGUUUAGUGGAGCUAUCCACUCAACCCACCACCGUCUGCCAUGGAUCUGCCUCAACAAGGGAUUGCGCCCGCGCCAAUGCAGCUCACAAUGCACUGCAGUAUCUGAAAAUAAUGGCUGGAGGAAAAUGAGUCGAAUGUUGAAUGAUGUUACUCUUCAUCUGACCAGCACAAUUUUCUUUUGCUCCCAAACUGAAAUAUUUUUUUUAAAUCAACAGCUUGAAUUUCACAAGAUGUGCACUUGACUGAAAGUUCCUUGCUGCUCUGCCUACCAGGCCCUGGAGUGACGUCGUUUCAUCUGGCAGUUGAACAGUUGAAUGACAAUUAAACUUGGUCUUAAACUUAAAUCACCAUUGAACAGUGUCAGAUUCUCAUCACUAGAGAUCACUGAUGCACCAUAAAAGGCCUUGUGCCACGAAUCCGUAACUAGAAUCUUCAACCUGAUGCUAGGUCUCACCAGCAUUGGAACAGAGAGGCCAAGUGCCUGGCCAUGGCCCCCAGUCCCCAUCGAGUUCAGUGACUGUGAUGGAGAGCUGAAUGUUAAUCUUUGUCCUGAUGUUCUGACGCAGUCCACAAGCUGAAAUGAACAAGUAACCCUUUUUCCAGUGGGACAGUUAAAACCCUUGCAAAUCUUCCCAAAUUGAACCAGUGAGAUGCUAUUUGACUUUUUGGGUUUACUUCGAGAUACAGCACAGUAACAGGCCCUUCUGGCCCAAUGAGACUGCACUACCCAAUUACACCCAUAUGACCAAUUAACCUACUGAUCCAUAUGUCUUUGAAAUGUGGGGGGAAAUCAGAGCACCUGGAGGAAAUGAUUGACAAUGGCUGAAGUUUCUGGAUGACUCCCACGUACCGUAGGUGACUGAGAAGACCUUCCUACUUCCUCUAGGCGCGUACUGCUGUCAAUUCUGCAACAACAUUCUGAAGGGAAAAACAAUUGCAGACACAACAAGAAAUUAGGAGAUGUUGUUGAUAGUGACAAAGGUUAUUGUAGAUUACAGGGUGACCUAGAUCAGUUAGGGAAAUAGCCGAGGAAUGGCAAAUGGAUUUCAAUGCAGAUAAGUGUUAGAUGAUGCAUUUUGUAAAGUCAAGCCUGCAUAGGUACAAUGAAUACUAGAGCAUUAGAAAGUGCAAUGGAAUAGAGGGACCUCAAAGUAUAUGGGCAUAGUUCAAUGAAAGUGGCAUCACCGGUAGACAGGGUAGUGAAGAAGGUGUACAAGGGGUGAUUGAUAAGUUCGUGGCCUAGGUAGAAGGAGACAAUUUUAGAAAACCUAGCACAUUUAUUAUUCAACAUAGUCCCCUCCUACAUGUACACACUUAUUCCAGCAGUCGUGGAGCAUCCAGAUCCCUUCUUUGAAGAAGUGGUCCACAGGUAGAAGGAGAUGAGUUAUUAACUUCAAACUUUCUGCAUUUUCACUCAGACUUGAACUACACGUGCAUGUAACGAGAGCGCCUUGGACCUCCAGGUAGUCCACAGCAGGGGUGAUUGAUAAGUUCAUGGCCUAGGUAGAAUAGGAUGAGUUAUACAGCUCUCGUUACAUGCACGUGCAGUUCAACUCUUUUGAAUGAUAAUGCAGCAAGAUUGAAGUUAAUAACUCAUCUCCUUCUACCUUCGGCCACAUACUUAUCAAUCACCCCAUGCUGUGGACCAUUUCUGGCGGUCCAAGACGUAGACUUCUACAGAGAGAGAUCCGUAUGCUCCUCGGCCACUGGACUAAGUGUGUAAAUGUAGGAAAAAUAAAUGUGCUAGGGUUUCUAAAAUUGACUACUUCUACUUUAGGCCACGAAGUUAUCAAUCACCCUUUGUUUAGAACACUGGCCUUCAUCAGUCAGGGUGUUGAGUGCAGGAGUUGGAACGUUAUGUUGCAGUUGUACAAAUCACUGGUGAGGAUGCAUUUGAGGUAUUGUGUAUGAUUUUGAUCACCUUGUUAUAGCAAAGGUGUGGUUAAACUGGAAAGAGUGCAAAAUAGAUCUAUGAGGAUGUUCCCUGGCUAAUAGGGAGAGAUUGGUCAGGCUAGGAAUGUAGGAGAAUGAACCUUAUAGAAAUGUUUAAAAUUAUGAGAUGCAUAGAUAAGGUGGAUGGUAACAGUCUUUUCCACAGUAGGGAUUCCAAAAUUAGCAACAUAGAUUGAGGGUGAGAAGGGAAAGAUUUUAAAAGGGACUUGAGGGGCAACUUCUUUCCCGUCACACAUAGGGUGGUGAGUAUAUAGAAAGAGAUGCCAGAGGAAGUGGUUGAGGUAGGUACAAUAGUAUCAUUUAAGAUGUACAUGAGUGGUGAAGCUUAGAGGGAUAUGGGCUGAACACAGGAAAUGGGGAACUGGAUAGGUGGUCACUGUGAUCAGCAUGGACUGGUUGGGCCAAGGGGCCUGUAACUCUGCUGUACUCUUGAUGACCAGAGCCCCAAGUCUGCGAAUCUCUGCAAGACUGCUGGGAAAGUUGAAGGCCUAGCGACUGCGAAUCUGAGUCCGCUGGAGGCUGCCUGCCCUGGGGUUGGAGGACAAUACGUGUGCAUUUGGGAGAAGGGAGCAGGGUUAAUUUUGUUGCUUGUUGUGUUCUGUGUUGUUCUGCUGAGCAUUGUGGGCAAGCUGUGUUGGCACCAGAGUGUGAGGCAGCACAUGUGGGCUGCCCCCACAUCCUUGGGCACGUUGGUUGUUAACAAAAAUGAUGCAUUUCACUGUAUGUUUUGAUCUACAUGUGAUAAAUAAAUUUGAAUCUGAAUCUAUGACCCUGAAAGCAGGAGAGACCUCUCUCGUCCCAAAUAAUGUUUAUCCCUCACUAAAACAUACUUCUGUAUUCAUUGCUAUCUGGAAUGUUACUUCUCCCUUUUCUACUGACAACUGCUACUUCAAAAAGGCCUCUAGUGGCUGGGCUGUAAAGCCCUCCAUGAAACUCUCCAGAGUGUCUCUGCAUUGUAGCUAUGCGUUUUUAAUUCGACAUGCUGAAUUACAGGCCAGCUGAAUACAGGCCCUUGCAGGCUCCUCAUUUGUAUUGAGCUGGUAGGUUUCAGAGCUGAAGAACCAUCACAGGAAUUAAUCAUCAAACUGUUCUAAGCAAUGGCAAGGAUUUUUAUGAAGCUGUGAAGAGUGCUAUAGAAGUGCCAAUUAUUUCAGACAAGCUCCAGAUAAGGUAUCAUCACAGAUAUUAUAAAUAACAAUAUUAAUUUAUCAAGACUAGAAACUUCAGAAAUUCCAGCAGCCAUUCCUGCCCUUGUGAUAGCCAAGUCUGUGUAAUAGCACAGCAUUGUAGCUCCAAGUACUAAUCCUUGCUCCAAGUACAUCACCCUUGUCCUUGAUCAUUUCUGCAGGAAAAUAAACAUAUUUCAACCCAUCCAGCUGUCUUCAUUAAUGCCCUACCUGCUGCCUAUCACAGUUUCUCUACACACUGCAUCUACAUUUACACUAACUGCUCCAUCAUCUUCCCGAUCACUCACAGCCUCCUAUCUGGUUUCUGUUUGAAAGGAGCUGCACCCAGAUGCUUUUCUCAUAGAUAUAGCAAUCAGGGACACAGGAGUUCUCCCAUCAUGCAAGGGAGGCACACCACUGCCCUGGCAUCCAUUCUUGCUGCUAUAAUUAAAAAAGAAAGGGUAACAUGACAAAAAACCUCAACCUAUCUUCUGUCUCUUCUCAUCGAAGUCUUGAGCUCAAGCAUCUGUUCCACACUCUUAACCCCCUCACUUCUUAAACCUCUGCUUAAAUCUCAGUUCUUUUAUUGGCCAAAGUAAGACUCACAUGCAGUGAGACUUGCUCUUUUCAACAGUUCCUGCUCUCGCACAGAUCUCGCUCUCGUGACUCCAAAGUUGCUCCUGAUUCCAGCAUCUGCAGAAUCUCUUGUCCAGUCCUGAUGGAGGGUCCCAACCCGAAACAUUGACUGCACAGAUGCUGCCUGACCUGCUGAGUUCCACCAGCAUUUUGUGUUUGUUGCUCCAGAUUUCUAGCAUCUGCAGAUUUUCUCUUGUAUCCCCAUUCCGUACUUAUUCCCCUGUAAUCUAUUCUCUCGCACGUACACCAUGAACUCCCCACUGAUCCUCUUACUCACCUACAAUGGAAACAAUUUACAGUGGCAAAUUAACCCACCAGCCUAAGUAUAUGCUUGAGAUGUUGGGUGAAACCAGAGCCGGUUUCACAGGGAGAACGUGCAAAUUCCACACAGACGUCAUCCAAGUUUGGGUUUUUACCAACCCAAAAACUCAAGUUUUUGGGUUUAAACCUUUGUAGGUUUAAGUUUUCACCUGAUGUGCAGGUCAGGGCUCUUCUGGAAGUUAAUGAAACAGGAAGUACAAGCGGCUCAAACUUAUUCUUGUUUGGUGAACUGUGCUGUCAAAUGGUUACUUUCUAUCAUUUCUUACACUGAGACAAUUGGCUAAAUCUUAUCUGGUAGGUCAAAGAUGAUUCUCCUCCAGCAGCCCUUGUGCACUAGUAAUCCCUACUGACAGAUUGUCUGUGCCAGCAUCCCAUUUAUGUAACUGCAAGCUGCAAUAAUGAAUAAUUAGCCACACUGCAGCAGAGUUUUAAGUUUCAUUAGUCCAUUUCACUCAUAUAAACAUAUAUAUUAAAUAAUGUUUAUUUGUUUAUAUGUUAUACCUGUAUAUAAUUUAUGGAGUAAUAGAGUACUACAGUGCAGAAACAGGCCCUUCAGCUAUCUAGUCUCUUCCGAACUAUUAAUCUGCCUAACCCCAUUGACUGGCACUCAGACCAUAGCCCUCCCAUCCAUGUACUUAUCUGAAUUUCUCUUAAAUAUUGAAAUCAAGCUUGUAUCCACCACGAGCUGGCAGCUCGUUCCACACUCUCACCUCCCUGAGUGAAGAAAUUCCCCCUCAGAUUCUGUUUAAAUAUGUCACCUUUCACCCUUAACUUCUAGCUUCACCCAACCUCAGUGGAAAAAGCCUGCUUACACUUGCCCUAUCUAUACCCCUCAUAAUUUUAUAUACCUCUGUCAAAUCUCCCCUCAUUCUCCUAUGCUCCAGGAAAUAAAGUCCUAACCUAUUCAACCUUUCCCUGUAACUCAGUUUCUCAAGUCCUGUCCUGGCAACAUUCUUGUAAAUUUUCUCUGCACUACUAUUUUAACCUUCUUGAUAUCUUUUCUGUAGGUAGAUGACCAGAACUGGACACAAUACUCCAAACUCAUACAAUUUCAACUUAACAUCCCAUAUCCUGUACUCAAUACUUUGAUUUAUGAAGGCCAAUGUGCCAAAAGCUCUCUUUAUGACCCUAAGUGGAUGGUCUGGUGCAAGUUGAUGGGGUUAGGCCGAUUAAUAGUUCAGAAGAGACUAGAUAGCUGAAGGGCCUGUUUUGGCACUGUGAUGCCACUUUCAAGGAACUAUGGAUCUGUAUUCCGACAUCCCUCGGUUCUUCCACAUUCCUCAGUGUCCUACCACUCACUGUGUAUGUCCUACCCUGGUUUGUUCUCCCAAAAUGCAGCACUGCACACAUGUCUGCUUUAAAUUCCAUUUGCCAGUUUUCAGCCCAUUUUUUCCUGCUGCAAGCUUUGAUGGCCUUACUCGCUGCCUACUAUGCCUCCAAUCUUGGUAUCAUCCACAAAUUUGCUGAUUCACUUUAUUAUCCAAAUUAUUGAUAUAGAUAACAAACAACAAAGGAUCCAGCAGCACUCCACUAGUCACAGGCCUCCAGUCAGCGAGGCAACCAUCUACUACCACUCUCUGGUUCUUCCACAAAGCCAGUUAUCUACUGCAUCCUGAAUGCCAAGUGACUGAACCUUCUUUAUCGACCUCCCACGUGGGACAUUGUUAGAUGCUUCACUACAUCCAUUGCUUUGCCUUCAACAACUUUCCUGGUAACUUCCUCCAAAAACUCUAAGGUUGGUUAGACAUGACCUACCGUGCACAAAGCCAUGUUAACUAUCUUAAUCAGUCUUGUAUAUCCGGUCCCUUGGAACACCUUCCAGUAACUUUCCCACUACUGAUGUUAGGCUCACCGACCUAUAAUUUCCCAGCUUAGUCUUGGAGCCUUUCUUAAACAAAAGAACGACGUUAGUUAUCAUCCAAUCCUUUGGCAUCUCACCCGUGGAUAAGGAUGUUUUAAGUAUCUCUGCUCGGGCCUCUUCAGUUUCUGCACUUGCCCCUCGCAAAGUCUGAGGGAACAUUUUGUCAGGCCCUGGGGAUUUAUCUAGCCUAAUUGGCUCAAGACAGCAAACACCUCCUCCUCUUUAAUCUGUAUAAAGUCCAUGACCUCACUACUGUGUUGCCUCAGUUCUAUGGUCUCCGUGUCCAUCUCCCGAGUAAAUAGAGAUGCAAGAGUCCAUAUUAGACCUCACCCAUCUGUUUUGGCUCCAUGCACAGAUGACCAGUCUGAUCUUCAAAAUGACUAAUUUUGUACCUUGCUGUCCUUUUGCUCUUAAUAUAGAAGCCAUUGGGAUUCUACUUCACCUUGUCUGCUCGAGCAACCUCAUCCAUUCUUUUAGCCCUCCUGAUUUCCCUCUUUAGUGUUCUCUUAUAUUCCUCAACUACCAUUAAUUUUUAUAUAUAUAUAUAUAUAACGUGUGUGUGUUUAAAAUAAUGUUCCUGCCAUCACUUAGAACAUUUUGAUUAAUAACUCCCAUGAUGGUUUUUCAGUAUAGCCUUAACUCUUACUUACAAACGUUUGUACUUACUGCCCCUUUCGCUGCUGACGUUUAGGGCAGCAGUGAAGGUUCUUCAUCUCUGGUGGUGUUCAGGGUUUCCUUCAUUGUAUCAGUAACUCAGUUUUCACUAAUGUCAGUCAUGUAACUCCUGGGUGGAGACACAGGAAUACCAUGCACUCAGGUAUAGAAUUCUUCAUUGCUGUUUCUGUAACAUUUUUUUCUUUUACCUAUCAGGGUUGUUAGCCCUGAGCUGAACCCCCAAACUUGAAGGACCAGUGGACCACUCUUAGUCUGGCCUCCAUCCUUUGACCUGGUUGGCGAGGGUAACCCUACCAAGAGCCAAAGCAUAAAGUCCUGACUCCGGCCAACAUAAUUCUCCGGGUCAUUGAGGCACACAAGCCUCCAAACCCUACAAUGAGGUUGUGGUCUCUUAGAGGAGCCUUAACUCUGAAACAGUACAUAUAAGGAACCCAUGAAGGGCUAUAUUCUGUUAUUAAUCAGCUAGUCUUUUUAACUUAUAAUUCAGCAUUAACAUGACUAAUGAGAAAUUCAUAGCUAUGAUCCUAAGUUAUUCUGGAAUACCCUGUGAAAGUUUUCGAUCACUGGAAAUUAGGCAGCUUGAUAUUAAAGGUGGUAGAGACUGAACAACAUCAGGGUAUUUCCUGAGAGUAUUAGCUAAUUUCUCUUCUAGUUUGUGACUGUGAUCAUCUAGGACAAAGGAUGGCAUGCAUCCAUCCUCAGCCUCCAGUUGGUUCACUGGUCCACUGCUGAUCAUCUGGGCUGGGUGAUCUAACCCGGCUUUAAUUUUUAUGGAUGUGCCAGUGGUAACACAGGGGAUAAGUUACUACACCAAGAAACAGUUUCGGGCUGCAAUUCUGGAGGAAAUUAUUUCAAACCCCAGCGUGGCAGCAUGGCAUUUUACAUCUGGUUUCUUUCAAUCAAUCUGGAAUUAAGAAGUAGAUGUCAGUAAUGGUUCACUAAUACAGAGAAAGAAAUCUGUAAGCCUUGUCUGGAUGUUGUGUAACUGCAGACUCGUGGUUAAAGAGCAAGUUGGGGUGUCAAUAAAUGUUGGCCGCCAGUGACUUUCACAUCUCACACGCUAAUUUUCCUGGAUUAUUGAGGUGUUGCUGAUCUGGGAGCCCAGCAGGAGGUUCAACGAGUAUGGGGGAAAUGGCAUGAAUGAUAUGAGUCAUAAAGUUUUGGAGGCCACAAAUUUAGGUGGAAUAGAGAAAAAGAAGCAUUUUAAAAAGAAGUAAUUUCUCGGAAGAGUUUGCAAGGGCUAGAGGCUGAAUUAAAUUUCCAAUGAGUAAAUCAGCUCUCUGAAUAUCACCUUUAUUUAACUAUUCACAAAGACAAUUAUAAUUAUCACAUAUUAAAUUUAUUUCUAGGGACACAGUAUUUGGAGGAGUUUAAGUGAUGAAUGUAUUUUAACUUCUAAAUCAAGUUUAGCCAAUGCGACAAGAACUCUAACUGUAAUCAGGUGACUGAGGUGUCUAGUUCUGUCAUUUCUUCUUUCCAAAACGCUGUGGUGGAAUGAUAUUCCAUCCCCGGGAGUGUAUUCGAGCCUCAGAGGUUCUCUGAACUUCACGCCCAAACCUGAAUAAAAGAUAUUUCAAGACAAACGAUCAAUUUAAGAACAAGAAUGAAAUGAUCACUAUAAAAGCAUUUUAACCUGAGUGACACCAUCAAAUAGCAGUAAUCACCAUCUUAAUAAAAGCACACUCUUAUACUUCUCUAACAGUGUAAAUUCUCCCAUUUUAUUUGACAGGAAUAUCAUCAUAAAAAAAAUUAUGCUGAGCUACAUAAAACAAUGUAAAAACAUUUCAGUCAAAGAUGUAAACUGUAAGAUACAACUAUAAAGAGAAAGAGAGGGGAGAUGUUUAGGGAGGGAAUCCAGGCAGCUGAAGGCACCAUCGCAAGUGGUGAAACUCUGGGAAGGUCAAGAGGCUAGAAUAACAGUCCUAUCUCUGGCUCUUUCCACAGUUUCCUUUUAUUUUCAUUUUUCUCAUUAAAUACAAGACUACUCAGUCCAUUCACUCUGUGCUGAAGGUCUUAGCACCGUCAAUUGUUUAUUUUACCAGAUGAAAGGAGGAUGUGCCUUUCCAACUAAGGCCUUCAGUGAAUGUAGUUAAAUGUAAUGUGUGACUUGUUAUCACAUUUUCCCACUUAUUCACACCAGCAUGUUUUUGACUAUGUAGUUGCUUGGUGUGGGUCUGAUUUUUAGCACCUCCAGGAAAUCUUCAAGGAGUGAUGCUUCAAAAAGGCAGUGUCCAUCAUGAAUGCCCUGUUCUUGCUGUUUCUGUCAGGAAGGAGGUACAGAAGCCUGAAGGCACACAUUCAGCGAUUUAGUACCAGCUUCUUCCCCUCUGCUAUCCGAUUUCUUAAUGGACAUUGAACCCAUGAACACUACCUCACUACAUUUUUAUUUCUAUUUUUGCACUACUUAUUUAGCUAUUUAAUUGUAUAUAUUUAUUGUAAUUCACAGUUUAUGUUUCUUAUAUUUAUCAUGUAUUGCAUUGUACUGCUACUGCAAAGUUAACAAAUUUCACGACAUAUGCCAGUGAUAUUAAAUCUGAUUCUGAUUAA